AUGCCUUCUCUCUCUAAAAUCGCAGCUGUGGCUGCAGGUGCUCUCACCCUCGUCGACGCCAAAGCAUGUCCCCCUCUCGGCGCCGUCUUUCCACCACCUCAAGCACCAGGCGAAAGUCCCCUCGUUCAAAAAGCUGCAGCAGCACUCAAAACCGGCCUCGAAGCCGAAAUAGCUUCUCAAUUUAACAACUCUGGUUUAUCCAUCGGUGUCAAGUCAAUUCACGAGGAGGAUCCUUUGUUUACCUACCACUUCACCCCGCCUAACCCAGGUGAAGGUUCGGAUAAGGUUGACGAAGAUACUGUUUUUCGCAUUGCGAGUGGUUCGAAGCUGUUUACGGCUCUGGCGGCGCGUGUGAAUGAGAAGAUUGACUUGCAGGCUUCUGUUUUGAAGUAUCUUCCUGAGCUUAACAAAACGGCUGGUGAUGAUGAUAUUCUGUCGCUGAAGUGGGAGGAUAUCACUGUUGGGUCGCUUGCUAGCCACCUCUCGGGUGUUGGAGUUGACAUGGCACAAGAUCUGGCAAUUGUCGGCGCCAAACCCUGGGCACCAUUCGGUCUGCCUGAUAUUCCCAAAGGCAAAGGUCCCAGCUGCUCUGGUCUCCCCGGCACGAUUCCUUGCACUAGAGAAGACCUUCUCGAGCAGGUUAACCUUCGACCUCCUGUCUACGCUCCUUUCACCAACCCCGUCUACUCAAACGUAGGCCAUGCUCUUCUUGGUCUUGUCCUUGAGGCUGCUGAAGACAUGCCUUUUGAGGACAUCAUUAAGCGAGAUAUUCUUGAUGUUGUAGGCAUGAAGAGUACCUAUGUCGAUAAGACUCCCCCUACAAAGGAUCUUUUCAUCCCUGAGAAGGAACCUACAUGGAACUCUACACUGGCCGUCUUUGACUCGUUUAGUGCUGGUGGCAUGUUCUCAUCUGUAUCUGACAUGCUUCUCCUCGCUGAAGGUAUCCUCAACAACAAGUUCCUCUCUCCAGCUGAGACCCGCAAGUGGAUGAAGCCCGAGGCCAACACUGCCUCUUGGGGCUAUCAAGUCGGUGGACCUUGGGAGAUUCUUCGAAGCGACAACAUCACCUCCGACGGCCGCCUCAUCGACAUUUACACCAAGAGUGGUGACUUGGGUCUCUACCACUCUCAGACCGUCCUCAUUCCCGACUACGAUAUUGUCAUCUCCAUCAUGUCUGGCGGUCUUGAAGCCAGCGCAAACCCCUACGUAACAAGCACGAUUCUCAGCGCCGUUAUUCAAAAUCUCCUUCCCGCUAUCGAAAAAGUUGGUCGAGAUGAAGCAAAGGAUACUUUUGCUGGAACAUACGAAGACAAGGAGACCAACUCAACCAUUGCUUUCACUCAAGACAGUGGACCUGGUUUCAAGAUCAAGAGCUGGCAGAUGCGCGGCUUCGACGUCCUCAACAACAUCGGAAACUACAACUUCAACGCCCUUGAGUCAGGCGCUUCUACGAAAACUCCCUACGUCGACGCCCGCAUGUAUCCCAGCAACCUCGCCAAAAAGGGCGAAACAGCCUGGCGCGCCGUCUUCGACAGGACCGACUCCAACACUGAUACCAAGUUUGAGAAGGAUUUGUUCUUCGAGGAUGGUACAUGCCAGACGUGGUUCCAACAGGAUCGUAUGGUGUACAACUACCUCCCCUUGGAUUUGUUUGUGUUCGUUGAGGGUGAGGAUGGUGUUAGUGAGGCUGUCAAGAGUCCUGCUUUUAACAUUACUUUGACAAAGGUGCGUCAACCUGCUGAGAAGAAGAACACGGGGGAGGGGGAGACCAAUGCUGCUGGGGUGGGGGAGCGUUUUGGAGUGGCUGGUCUUAUGGUCUUUGUGAUGGUUACCAUGAUGAAUUUGUUCUAA